ACUUUCCGCUUCAGAAGGCACACGAAAUGGCGUCUGCUGCAGAUUACAACAGUUACGGACAGGCUGGAAGCCAGCAGGGGUACGGCUCCUAUCCGGCCCAGCCCUCUCAACCGGGAUAUGGACAGGGCACCCAGCAGUCGUAUGGUCAACAGCAAGGCUAUGGUUCAUAUAGCCAACCGGCUGACUCAACCUACUCUCAGACCAGUGGUUCUUCAAGCAGUUAUGGCCAACAGCCAUAUGGGUCUUCCUAUGGACAGCAGCCACCAGCCAGCGGUAGUUAUAAUGCUGCUUCAGCCACACCGCAAGGCUAUACUCAACCAGUGCAAGGUUAUGGAAGCAGCAGCUAUGAUUCCUCCACAGCUGCUGCCUCGUCAACCAGCAACACUCAGACCUCUUAUGGUGGGCAGGCCAGCUAUGGAACCCAGUCUGCAUAUCCUGGAUAUGGACAACAGCCUGCUGCUGCUGCACCUCCCAGCAGUUACAGUUCUGGGAGCCAGCAGCCUGCCGGAUAUGAGCAGAGCUCGUACUCCCAGCAGCCUCAGCAAAGCACUUAUUCUCAGCAGCAGCAGGGAGGAUACCAGGGCCAGCAAGGAGGCUACGGACAGCAGAGCUCCUAUAGCCAGCAGGGAGGAUAUCAACAAACUCCUCCCCAGCAGCAGCAGGCUCCGCCUUCCAGCUAUGCUCCGCCUUCUGGAUCUUAUGGACAGCCUUCUGCCAGUCAGUAUGGACAGCAGGGCAGUACUGGAGGAGGUUAUGGCCAAUCAGACUAUAAACCACCAAACCAGUAUGGUAGUUACAGACCAGACCAUCAGAAUGGAGGUGGCUAUUCUGGCCCUGAAUCUGGAGGAUAUGGGGGCCCUGGAGAGGGCCGAGGCAUGGGAGGGGGGGAGAACCGCGGGCGCGGCCGGGGUGGGUUUGACCGGGGAAUGAUGCGAGGAGGUGGUGGCAUGCGAGGGGGCAUGAGCCGUGGAGGCAUGGGCAUCGCUGGAGACAGAGGUGGCUUCAGUAAGCCUGGUGAUGGUGAAAUGGGAGCCCCAGAGGAGCAAGAUGACUCUGAAAACAGCACUAUCUACAUCACGGGACUGACUGAGAAUGCUACGUUGGAGGAAGUCGCUGACUUUUUCAAGCACAGCGGCAUCAUUAGGAUCAACAAACGAACAGGCCUGCCUGCUGUCAACAUAUACACCGAUAAAGAUACUGGCAAACCUAAAGGCGAUGCCACCUUAUCCUACGAGGAGCCUCCAUCUGCUAAAGCAGCAGUCGAGUGGUUUGAUGGAAAAGAUUUCCAAGGGAAGAAGCUGAAGGUGUCAAUGGCCAGACGCAAGCCCAUGAUGGGUAUGAUGCGCGGGGGUAUGCCAAUGAGAGGAGACCGCGGUGGCAUGAUGGGACGAGGAGGAAUGAUGGGUCGUGGUGGAAUGGGCAGAGGUGGUGAUCGCGGAGGGUUUAUGCCACGUGGGGGUCCCAGGGGAAUGGGUCGUGGAGGACCUACUGGAGGAAACAUGCAGCAGAGGGCAGGAGACUGGCAGUGUCCAAAUGCUGGAUGUGGAAACCAAAACUUUGCCUGGAGAAUGGAGUGUAAUCAGUGCAAGGCACCCAAACCUGAAGGCUUCGGACCUCCUCCCUUCCCUCCAGGUGGUGAUCGCGGUCGUGGUGGUCCUGGUGGGAUGCGUGGUGGUCGUGGUAUGGAUCGCGGAGGACCAGGGGGACCCGGAGGCUUCCGUGGAGGCAGAGGUGUGGACCGUGGAGGCUUCAGAGGACGUGGUAUGGACAGAGGGGGCUUUGGAGGAAGGGGUCGUGGAGGCCCUCCAAUGGAUGACAUGGGCCGAAGGGGGCGAGGAAUGGGACCACCGGGCAAAAUGGAUAUGAAGGGAGACCACCGCCAGGACCGUAGAGAGCGGCCGUAUUAAUUGAUGCCCAGCGUGUUCUUCCUGCCCCAAUGUUAAUUUCUCACAUGGUUUUAAAGUUGCAUUUCCAUAUUUAUGAGUAGUUAGUAUGGAACUCGUUAAUGCUUUGCCGUUAGUCUUCAGUGAAGGUUAUAUUUUAUUUUUUUAAGUUUUUGUGUUUUGUCCUCGCUUUCCUGGUCAAGAAGUGUCCAUGAAACCAGGUGCACAUGUAAAUGCAGGGUGUUUGGUGUGCCAUUUGGAUUUGUCAGAAAUGUAUUUGUGGAAAUGUGAGGGUAUUUUUAAGUUCCCAAUAACCCUCAUGUUUUGCUCUACUCUGCGUUCAUGUGUGGAAAUGUGGAAUAAAAAUACCAUAAAAACCAUUUUGUAGGAUUUUGUUUUGGGUACAUGGCUGUUGAAAAGUACUUAUGCCAUGUAUUUGUUUUCAUCAUUUACUGUCAUUACUUUACCCGAACCGUGUGACUGAAUAAUGUACAUAACUGAUGUGUUUCGGCCCCCUGUGUCAUUUCACAGUGUUAAGAGUCAAGCUCGAAUAAAUUUCUGAACAAAA